AUGCAUGCCGAACUCCGCACCGAUGCUGAAGUCGCAACGACUUGGGAGCAUUCCCUAACCCCUCGCCGUGCCUUCAAGGUUUACCGAAGUGCAGUCUGGUAUGCCACCAUUGUGUCCAUCGCCCUGGUCAUGGAGGGGUUCGACACCAAGAUUAUGGGCUCUCUCUUCGCACAGCCAGUGUUUCAGAAAGACUUUGGUUUCCAAGCACCCAACGGGACAUAUCAGAUCUCGGCCCCAUGGCAGAGUGGGCUGAAUGGAAUGUCAAGCGUCUGCUCUAUCAUUGGAAUGUUUCUGGGCGGUUACGUGACUGGGAAAUUUGGCUUCCGGAAGACUAUGAUGGCUACGUUGAUCUCUAUGCCUCCAAUUAUUUUCAUAUACUUUUUUGCACCAAAUCUCCCAGUCAUAGCUGUUGCGCAUUGUUUUAUGACUUUACCUUUGGGGAUUUUCCAAACUAUUACUACAGUAUACGUUGCUGAGAUUAUGCCUACCGCCCUUCGUCCCUAUCUUACGAGCUUCUAUUCUCUUGUUUGGGCCUUUGGCCAACUUUUGAACGCCGCUGCCUUCCGCGGCACUCUUAACUUACCUAGCCCGUGGGCAUACCGCGUCCCCUUUGCUCUCCAGUGGUUCUGGCCCGCUGUUCUUGUCUUCGGGGUUUUCUUUAUGCCAGAAUCUCCCUGGUGGCUCGUCCGUCAGAACCGUUUAGACGAGGCGGAAGUCAUUGUAUCACGCUUGACCUCCCCCCAGGAACUGGAUAUCGACGCUAAGAAAAUCGUCUCUCUAAUGGUGUUUACGACGAAUCACGAACGAGACAUGGAAUCCAGGACCAGUUACCUGGCGUGCUUUAAAGGCGUCAACCUCGGCCGAACGAUCAUCGUAAUGGGUGUCUACAUCAUGCAGGUCGUCACCGGCGCGCCCUUGCGAGCAUACAUGACCUACUUCUUCCAGCAGGCCGGUCUGCCUACAGACCAAUCUUUCAACAUGUCCAUCGUCGCGUUGGUGGUUUCAGUUCUUGGAGUACUCGGCGCGUGGGUGGUAAUGACCUUUGCCGGGCGGAGAACAAUGUAUCUCUGGGGGAACCUCAUCUCCAUUGGACUCUUCACAGCCAUCGGCGGCAUGGGGAUUCCGCUGCGACAAGCGCCAUCAUCAGCAUUGUCGUGGGCUAUCGGCUCGCUCCUCGCCAUCGACGGAUUCGUCGCGAACUGCCUCGUCCUGCCGAUCACGUUUGUUCUAGUUUCAGAGAUCCCAUCAUCCCUCCUUCGCAGCAAAUCCGUGGUCAUCGCGCGCAACACAUACACUGCGGUCAACAUCAUUGCUGGUGUCAUUACGCCGUAUAUGCUCAACCCCACCGCUUGGGGCUGGGGCGCGCUGACUGGGUUCUUUUGGGCUGGGCUGUGCGUUCUAGGAUUCCUGUUCACAUUUCUCAUGGUCCCAGAGUCCAAGGGAAGAACGAUUGCGGAAAUGGACAUCCUCUUUGAGAAGAAAGUUCCGGUUCGGAGGUUCAAAGAAACCAAGGUUGACCUUGCUGAUGCGGAUGAGAUCCCAGAGCGUCUGUAG